UGUUCAGCCUAGAAUUAAUAAACAAAAUAGACACCGCAAAAUAAAUGUAGAUGAAUACUUGCUGAUCCUUUAAAAGGUUAAUUACUAAGAGAUCUGUGAUAGGCCCACAAGGGGUGUGGUCUUGGGGGGGGGGAGGGGGACUUGGAUGACGAGAGCCUCAGAGGUGGCCGCGAGAACAGAGAUGCUGUGGGUCUGAACCUCGGUCGAAAUAUCUACACGUUCGGGAUUGUAAGAGCUUUGUUUUCUGAUGACUUCUUUCCUCUUUCAAUACCCGAAUGGAAUCGGGCUUAGGACUAAGGCCAUGAUGUGAGCGUCGUGGCCAGUCACCGUUCGGAUCUCUCCAGCCAGCUUUAGAAGCCCUGUUUCUAUAGCAACAAAAUAAUUGAUCAGCACAAAAAAAGAUUCCACAAUGCAAUCCUCUGCCCGUCCCUCCCAGCCGCCAAGGCCUCGGCGCCUUGAGGCAAGCAGGCGGACUAAUACUGCAGCAGAGCCAAAGUCCCAUGGCCCUGGUUUCCGGAGGGAGGAUAAAAACAUGAACACAAUCACCAAUUCUUCCCCGCGACGCCCCACAAAAGCCUCUUCAGAAAACACCAGAGUCCGGGCGGGCGUGCAGCCCCGCACGCCGGUCACCCAGGCCAGGAUGGGCCUGAAGAAACAGGGUGUCGCGGCUUCCAAUCCAGCUAAACCCAAAUUGAAAGGUGCAUGUGCACCAGCGGCGGCGAAAGUUGCACCUCCAGCACCUCCUCCUCCCGCUCCCCCCUCUCCUCUCCUUCCCCUCGAUCCUAAUUGCAAUGAGCCCAGCCUGCCAUGCCUGUGUUGCGAUGGCCGCUCUCCGCAGGACAACAACAGCAUGUUCAACCACAACCACAACAACAACAACGCCAUCUCUCUUAGACAUCAAAUGCGACUUCAGCCACCUCCACCCCCAUUGGCACUGAGGCAAGAAGGGAAAGGGGCCCAGGCUAGCCCCUCAAAGGCCCUGCCACAGCCCAUAGCUGCAUCCUGUGCUGCUGCUGCUACUGCUGCUGCUAUAGAGCAUGAGGGUAAAAAUGCAGAAAAAAGUGUUGAAUUGGACAACAAGAACAAUGCAAAGCCACACGAAGAGGAAGACGAGGACGACAGCAGUGGGGAUAUUGAUUUGGAUGUUGAUCAGGGUGAUGAUGACGAUGAUGAAGAUGAUGAUGACACACUAGUCCCCUCGUGCUGUGACUGCCCCCCCUCCCUGCUAGACCUGUCUCUCUCUACGUCCUCCUCCUCAUCCUCCACCUCCAUCAGCUCCUGCUCUGACCUGGAGUCCGACUGUGCGGAUCUCUCCACCUCUCUCUGCUCGUCUCAUGGCCAAGAUGAUCUGGGCACCCCUGAAGAACUGCCCCUUCCUCCAGCUCCUGAACGCCCCCCCCCUGCCCUCUCUGCUCCAUCUCUUCCCCUCAACCGCAAUAUCUCCCCCCUAGCAUGCCGCUCUCCUCUGGAUGCCUGCUCCCCUGAUGAAGGCUAUCCCUCUGCCCCAGCAUCCCCCUCCUCUGACUACCUGGGAGCCAAGAGUUACACGGGGCAUGGACAUUUGGAUUCAGAGGUCACCAAGCUAGGUCUGUUGGACUUCUUGGAAUCGGUAGGGGAGUUUGGAAAGAUGGAGCGCUUCAGUCAGGUGAUCCAGGCGGCUCAUUGGGAUCUGGAGGGGGAGCAGCAUUGGGACGUCCUGAGAGAUCGGCUGGACCACCUCGAUCACCUGGAGAAGGUCAACCGGGAGGUCAAGCUAGCCUACAUCGCCAGGCUGCAUGAGAAAGAUCUCGAUUUAGCAGAUUUCGAAGAGCAGGACUUCUCCGAUGUUUUGGACGAAAUGGGGAACAUCGAUAUGUCGUGGAAGUUGUAUAAAGGACGUGGAGGAACACUGGCAGAGUCUCAGGAGUUUUCUGAUGCUGGCGUGGACCUCACUGCGCCGUCUGAUUGUGAUGAAUCUGUGGUUUCGGAUUCCCUCACUCCUUCCCCCGUCAAUCCGCCCCCAAGACCCCCCAAACCCCCUGCUCGCCACGCCAGCGUGAACUCUGACCUCCACACUUACAUAAACAUAAGCAGGGAGACCACCUCCAUCGCUGUCUCCACUUGCCCCACGCCAACUUUCUCCACCUUCUCCCCAAACUCGUCCCCCACCUUCUCCACUUUCCGGUGCGAAAAAGCCCUUCCACCAUCUCCGCCAUCCAUCCCUCCUCUCCCUGCCUCCCAGCCCCUUCCAUACCUGACCCUCUACACGGCUCCACUACCCCCUCUGUUGCCCACCCCGACUCCUCCUAUCCCUCCCCCUCGGAGGCGCCACCUGGCCAGGAAGGAAGCUCAGCGGCUGGCUAAUCUGCAGGCCCUGCAAGAGAAGACCCCGCUGUCUCUGCCCCCUCCCACCACACGCCCUCCUCCUCUGCCUCCCCCGCCGACCAUCUCAGUCUCCUGCUCAUCGGCGUCCUGCUCUCCCCCUGAAAUACCACAACCACCCCCUCUUCCCCCUCCGCCCUCCUUCCAUGCAUUAGAUGUGGAGAUUCGGAAGCUGUUGAUGCUGGCAGGGCUAACCCAGGCCGAGCUCCUUAAACUCAGCCCAGAGCUUGGUGACUGUGUGGGAGAGUUAGAGGAGGAGGGGGACGGCCACACCAUUUCUCUGAGGUCUAACGAGGCCAAAGAAAUACGGCAGUUCAAAGGUGUAGAAUGCAAUGUGGCCGUCAUCAGAGAUGCCUGGAGCAACAAAGAGGAGCUGGAUGCAGUAAAAAGGAUAGAAGUCAGGGAAGGAAAGAAGGACGAUGGGAGCCACGACACACUGAGAACCACCUCGUUCACAGAGAUGGCCAGAAGAAGGAAGAGAACCACUGGGCUCAUGUCUGAAGCAUACUACAGCACCGAAACGUUCAACUUCUCCCCUCCCCUUUCAGAUUCUCCUCCCCCUCCGCCUCCCCGGCCCCUCCCCCCUGUGCCUCCAUCCCUGCCCCCCUCCAAAGCUUGUACCCUUUCAGCCAAUUCUGCACGGCCCGAGAGAUUUGAUUGGCUCAUCGCAUUCACACCUGAUAAGGAAGCCCAACUGCUGCCUCAACCCCUGGAGAUGGCAAAUGCUGAGGUGGACACACCAAAGAAGCUGACGUAUUCCUCAGGGUCAUCUACCGUGUUGGGCCCAAAGGUCACAACCUUUAAGGAGCUACGCUUUCGCAGCCGCAACAACUGCCUUCAAACCAAGAUGAUCACUGACCCAGAGCCGGACCCGACCAUCAUCACCCCCGACCCAGACAUCCUCUACAACCUCAAGUGGAGACGGGAGAAGAAGGACGUGCACGGGGACGACCACCAGUGGGAGUACACCUCCCAGGCCCAGGCCUUUUUCAUGCAGCCCCCGCCGGCGCUCACAUCCAUGGACGCACUGAAGGAGAUGCUGCAGAGGGCCGAUGAGGAGGGCAGGCAAGCGGAGCUCUGCGCCACGCAGAAGAUGGGCUGCUCGGCGAGCGACGGCAACCUGUGGACCAGCGGCGAGGAUCGGGAGAAGCAGAGGGAGGGGCUGAGGGGUGCGGAGAAGAGCGCCAAGGAGCCGGAGACCGAGGUGGAGGUGAGGGGAAGAGCUGACGGAGGGAGGACUUUGGAAUCCAGAACUGCACUGUCCUCACCCCCACUGUCCCUUGCCCAGACCCGCAACUAUCCCCCGGCUUCCCCCUACUUCCUCCAUGCUUCUGAACCGCCCUACCGUCCCGGCUACUACAACCCCCAGCCCAACACUAACCCCCAGCACAACACCGCUCCCCAGUCCAACACCGACACCUGGUCCAAGACUGCCCCCACGCCUAACACCGACCCCCGGCCUAACACCGACCCCCGACCCCACAGCCACGCCGGCAGCGCUGGCCGCAGCACACCCCGUUAUCACCACGCCACAGACGCGGAGCGCCUGAGUGACCCCUGUGUCUCCUCUAAACGGGGGCCCGUCGUUGUAGUCGACCGCGGUGCAACCCACGUGAGCGAGGCCGGGCCUCGCCAUGCAGAGUCGGCGCGUCGCCGUGCCGACGAUUCACAUAUCAAUAGGGAGCUGACGCAGGACGACGCUGAGUCGGACCCCGUCAGUCACUUUGACUCGCUGUACUGUAAUGAGUCAGAGAAGCGGGGCGGCUCGCCCCCUGACCGUGGCGUUGUGUGCCUCGGCGGCGUGGAGGCGGCCGGCUGCUCCACGCCGUAUAAGAACCUGGACGUCAUGUUGACGUACUCCAGCACGCCAACGGCAGCCAGCGGGCCCCUGUGCCCCGGCAGCUCGGCCAAACACAGACCUUCACACGGCUCCUCCUCGGACGGCAGCAGACACGCAGCAAGGGCCUCAAAGGAGCUCCCUCCGCUCCCCGGCCUCUACCUGUACCACCCUAAGAGCUGCCCUCUGCACAGGGGGGCCCCGCCGCGCCUGUCCCCCAUCGGAGCCAUCUCCCCUCCCCGUCGCCCUGGAGCUCUGCCUCCGGGGCUGGAUGCCUCAGGCCUCAGCUCCCCGCUCUGUCCCCACUCGCACACCCUGCCUGCCCUCGCCGCUCCCCUCUACUACCCUUACCUGUACCCUCCGAUACCGCCCCGCACAGCCACCCCGCCCCCCCGCGCUCCCCCGCCCAGCACAGCCCCUCCCCGCCCCCCUAAACGCCAACAGGCUCCCCCGAAGCCAAGAGCGUCCACGGUCCACAGUGUCUCCUUCGCUGGCUCUACCCAGAGUGACUGCUCCUCUUGGAUGGGGGAAGAUGUCAAGAUCCCGGUGAGAGGUUUUGGCCUUCCUUCCGUCUUACUGCAGGAGAAGAAAGCUCUUGUCAGUGCGGUGAGCGUGGCAGUGGAAGCCAUCUUGGCCCAGUUCAGCUCCUCUAGGACUGUGGUUCAGAAGGCUCUCUCGGGAGACAGCAGUGUCAACCCAACCCUCGGCCGUCUGGUGCUGCAGUGCCUCUGCCCGGCCUUGCACGGCCUUCUGUUGGAUGGCCUCAAGCCCCAUCAAUGUGAUGUGAUUGCAGGCAGGAGGCCAAACUCAGCCUGGGGAUUGGUCCAGGCCUCAACAAAGCCAGGCCCCAACACCCAGACCGUGUUCAACCUCCAGGUCAGAGUCGGAGAGCUUCCCCAGCUGAAACAGAGCAAACAGCGAUUCAACGCCUUCCUCUUCGGCCUGCUGAAUACCAAGCUUCUUGAUUUCUGGCUGUCUCACCUCCAGUCUUGCAAUGAUGUGCUGGAGACGUUCUACCAGCCCUCCUCCUUCAUGCGGCUGUCCUCCAUGGCGGGCCAGACGCUGUACGAAGAGCUGCUCCUGCUGCUGCAGCCGCUCAGCCUCCUGACCUUCAACCUCGACCUUCUCUUCCAGCAUCACCACUUGGAGCCGGCCAACCACAGCCCUCAGCUCUCCAGCCUGCCCGCUCAGGAUGCGGGGGGCUUCAGGCUCUCCCCCCAGGGGCUCCUGUCCAAGGGGGACCGGGCCAGCAGCAGCUCCAGCAGCAGCAAUCAUCUUGAGAGCUUGUCCAAGCUUGACUUGGGAGGUUCGGAGCACAAGGAAGCCACUAGUGAAACCAGCUCCUCAUCCGUGGCCAGUUCAGAUGAUCAAGGAACAGGGAUGCCCCCCCAUAGGGAGGCGCCGCCCUUGAAGAAUCCAGUGAGUGUCAAGCGCACCAGCCCCCAGCUCCUGUGGGUGCAGGAGAAGGAGAUCAGAGAUCUGCCCCCGCCUGCCAUCGACGACGGCAGCCUCACUCAGCAGGCCGGACAGGUGAUCCAGGACAGCUGGGAGGCGGUCAUGCGCCUGGGAGGGCGCCUGAGUCGCAACCUGUCUGAGAUGAGUCUCCCCGCGGGCCAGAUCCAGGGGAAGGAAGGCACAGAGCUCUACUCCCAGACAGGAAGUGACUUCCCUCGGGUGGACAGCACUAACAAUGUCCCCUGGGGGCUGGGCCGUCUUUUCGGAGCCACCAAAGGUGCCGGGAGGAGCCCCGUGGGUCCCCCGACACACACCAGGCGUCCCUCACAGUGGUUGGGCCCCGGGGUCACUGCACUGACACGCAUGGUGAGCAGCAGUUCCCUGCCAACACUGAAGAGGGCGCCGGAGCCUCAGACGGAGAGAGAACCAGAGAAGGCCAAAGAGGUGGAGACACAGAACAUAGAGGAGAAACCCCGGCCACUCAGGUCAGUGCGAACGCUGUGCGACCACUCCGGGACGGGGUCCGAGCUCAGCUUCCAGAAGGGGGAGGAGCUGGUGGUGCUGGAGGGCGUGGACCAGGACUGGAUUCGCUGUCGUCAGGGAGAACAAGAGGGGCUGGUACCGAUUGGCUACACCUCACUUAUAAUGUGACUCCAGCCACAUAAUCACUACUGUCAGUCACCUCAAAAUCUACAAAAACAAAUGCAAAAAAAAAUAUUUUAGGGGGAAGUAUAGCCGGGAGAUGAUGAUGAUAAUGAUGCGCUACUACUCUGGAGGAGAAAAAUUCACGCUGGGUUUUUAAUGUGAUGCUGGUGUUCUCCAUCUUCACCACCAUCUGUUCCGUGUUUUUUUGCAUCUGGAGCAAACUCUGCUCUCUGUCCCCGCCUGAAUGGAUAGCAGAUGGUCUGAAGUAAUGACUCAAGAGGAAAGCAGCGUCCCUGUCUGAGAGCGAGUCGCUCUCUCUCCCCAGUUUGGGUGGCGUGUCCCUUUUUAAAUGUGUAGACUCCCCUUGUCAGCCACCCAUCUGAAAAUGAGUGAUGUGCACAGACAAAGUGCGCUUUGGGCAAAUCCAAUUACUUUCAGAUGGGUAACUCACUUCUCAAUGGGGUUGAAGUUUGAUUGUGCGGUAGCAAGUUUAAUUUGGAUGUGCAGGGGGAGAGGAGGGUUUGGGGGCGGGCGAGGGGUCCCUGUUGAGUGACAGUAGUGAUGUAGUGAACCAGUAGUUGUGUUGUGUGAUCUGACGACCCCCUCACCCCAUCCACCGCUCACACCGGCUCCUGUGUGUCGUGACAUCGUCCUGCUGAUAUAUUUUACUAUUUAAAAAAUAUAUAUAAAAUGUAUACACACACAAGAUAUAAAUAUAUAUAGAGAAAUAAUUAUAAGGGGGAGAAAAAGAGAUUGAUCACAUCGACCUUGAAAAAAAGAUAGAGGAACAAUAUUCACGAGUCGAGGAUAAAUAAAUGUUCUGAUCUACUGUUUACAUCGUCCAAAAUGGAAAAAAAAAUGCAGCCACUCUCUCGGUGGCCGUCAUACAUGCAAGGAAAAUAUGAAAUGUUUGUGUGUGUGUGUCUAUGAGUAUGAAAUCCAGCAAAUCCUGCUUUUGUUUGUUGCAAUGGUGCAAUCCCAUAUACACGUAGACUUGUAAAACUUAGGCUCAUACCUUUAUAAAGCACUUUGCAUUGUAUCGUGCUACGAAUGCUUUGACUGACUGCAACACAUGCAAGGAACUAUCUUAGCCCAUACAUGCGUAUAUAAUCACAGAAUACUGAGUACUGUCGGAUGCCAAUAUGCUGUAACCUCUGUAGCUGUUCUCGAAGCUCAGUCAUUUCUACUCUCUCCUAAACCCCGGCCGCCAGACUGAAUUAGGCUUUGAUUUAACAUGGCAACUUUAAUUUGGUCUUCUAACUGAAAUGGAUGCAGUGCGUGUGACUGGAUGCUACUGUAAAGCCUAACUGUAUGAUGGCUGGUCUUCUCCUAGUGUGCAUCGGUCAUAUUUACCUCUACUGACCAUGAGUGGUCAUCCUGAUAAUUUAUAUUAAUGAUAGUGGUAGUAGAAGUGGUAACACGUGCAAGUGAUUCAAUGUUCUAUUUGGAAUGUUAAUUAUAAGCAGUAUUUUAAUUUGUUAGUUCGUAGAUUUGCUAGCUGUCAUUCCUCUUUUUUUUUUUUUAUGCCCUGGUCUUCAUUCAAUCUGGACAUAGUUCAUAUUUGAAGCCUGGUGUUAAAAGAUAUUAGGACUCAAAGUCUAACUUAAUUCACAAAAAAGACAAAAUGCCUACAAUUGAUGCCAUGACUCUGACAUAAACAAAACAUUACAGUUGCCUGACGAGAUUCAUGCUCAAGAACAGCUUAUUGGGCCCUUAAACAUCAGUCCCUGAUGGUUUUCCAAUGUUCUUAUGCCAAUGCCAUGUAGCAUGAGAUUAUUGUCAUUACAGCAACAGUCUGGGGAAAUAGUAUAAGUAGCAUUAGUUUAAAAUGAAGUGCAAAAGACUUAAAGUACUUGGUGAAACACAGCAAGCUUGCAUUACUGUUGCCAUUAUGUUGAAUCCAAGAUUCAUGCAUAAUUCAUCUAUAAGUCAUCUACGAUUACAAAUGUUUUACACAUCUUAGUUGUGUUGUAAUUAAAAACUUUCUUUUUUUGGUUCAAAGUGUAAAUUCCAAAUGUAAGUUUAUAUCCAGAAUUUAUUUGUUAGAAAAUCGUUAAUUUAUUGGAUGUGCAAUAUAUUGGUAUUGAGGUUUCCUGAAUGAUAAAACUAGAGCUGUCACCUUCUUUGUUUCUCUAACUAUCUCUCUGGUGUGUGUGUGUGUGUGUGUGUGUGUGUGUGUGUGUGUGUGUGUGUGUGUGUGUGUGUGUGUGUGUGUGUGUGUGUGUGUGUGUGUGUGUGUGUGUGUGUGUGUGUGUGUGUGGAGAGAUGUGCGCAGAGGAGAGUGACUCCAUUGUGUAUUCACAUCUGCGCUUUCACUGGUGUUUGUUGUGUGGAGAUGUGUGUGGCAGUGGUUAUUGUGUUUCUCUUAGUUCUCUGCUCCUAGUCUCUCUCUCUCCCCAUGGUGUCUUGUAGCCUGCCCUUUAGUCCUACCCUGUAUCCUACUGUUGUGUAUAUUACAGUGCCCAUAUAGUAUCAAUCACUGUCCAGCUUCUGCAUGUGCUUGUUUGUAAAUACACUAAAUAAAUUAACGAAAACCAAACGAA